AUGGCCUCUGGGUUAGCCAGGCUGCUCCUGCGGGGACCUCCCUGCCUCCUGGCUCCAGCUGCCCCCUUAUCAGCCCCGCCGGUGAGGGGCGUGAAGAAGGGGUUCCGGGCCGCUUACCGCUUCCAGAAGGAGCUGGAGCGAUGGCGCUUGCUCCGGAACCCGCCGCCGCCUGUGCGCCGUUCGGAGAAGCCCAACUGGGAUUAUCAUGCUGAAAUUCAAGCAUUUGGACAUCGGUUACAGGAAACUUUUUCCCUGGAUCUUCUUAAAACUGCCUUUGUUAACAGCUGCUACAUUAAAAGCGAGGAGGCCAAACGGCAGAAACUUGGGAUAGACAAAGAAGGUGUUCUUCUCAGCCUUAAGGAUAAUCGGGAACUAUCUGAACAAGGGACAUCUUUUUCUCAAACAUGCCUCACUCAGUUGUUUGAAGGUGCAUACCCGGACUUGCCCUCUGAGGGCAUCAGAAGCCUUGUCGACUAUCUCACUGGUGAGGACGUUGUGUGUCACGUGGCCAGAAACUUGGCAGUGGAGCAGUUAACCCUGAGUGCAGAAUUUCCUGUCCCCACGGCCGUGCUAAAGCAGACGUUCUUUGCCGUCAUUGGGGCCUUGCUGCAGAGCAGUGGGCCUGAGCGGGCAGCACUGUUCAUCCAGGACUUCCUCAUUACACAGUUGACUGGAAAAGAGCUCUUUGAGAUUUGGAAGAUUGUAAAUCCCAUGGGACUGCUGAUGGAAGAGUUACAGAAGAGGAAGGUUUCUGCUCCUGAGUGUAGACUCACCCGGCAGUCGGGGAGCACCACAGCGCUGCCUUUAUAUUUUGUUGGUUUGUACUGUGAUAAGAAGUUGAUUGCAGAGGGGCCUGGGGAGACAGUGCUGGUUGCCGAAGAAGAAGCUGCCCGCGUGGCCCUCAGGAAACUGUACGGCUUCUCUGAGAACAGGCGGCCCUGGGACUACUCCAGGCCCAGAGAGAAGCCCAGAGCAGAGAAGACCAUCACUGCCCACUGA